CGAAUGUUCCUAUACUGCUCCAGCAUUACAAAGGUAAAUGGCCUUUCUGGCUUAGUCCCCGUCAAGCUAUUGUCUUCCCUGUUUCAAACAAAUCUCAAACGUACGCGUUUGAGAUCUGGAAACGAUUACAUGAUGCUAGCAUCACCAAAUCGAUGUUGAUGUCAGUGAUAAAACGGUUGGAGAAAAAGGUUGUAAAGUCUACCGCAAAACCAUGGACAGAUUCCAAGAACUACAUGCUUGGAGAAGAGAAGUCAUUUCAUCAUCUUGUUGCCUAUGCUGAAGGACCUAGUGGAGGUAUUGGGGUUGAAAUGUCAAGAGGAGGUUCUAGUUCUGAUUCUGGUUCUGGUUAUGAUGAAGGUGGACGAGGUGGAGGUGUAGGUGGAGGAGGAAGUGGUGAAGGAAGAGGAAAGGGUUCAGGUUAUGGUUAUGGUUAUGGGGAAGGGUAUGGUGAAGGCAGUGGGGGUGGAGGAUAUGGAGGUGGGGGUGGAGAAGGAAGUCGUGAAGGAACAGGAGAUGGUUAUGGUUAUGGUUCUGGGGAAGGGUAUGGUGAAGGAGCUAGUGGUGGGGGAUAUGGAGGUGGUGAAGGUAGUGGCGAGGGAUCAGGAGAUGGUUAUGGUUCUGGUUCUGGGGAAGGGUAUGGUGAAGGAGCUAGUGGUGGGGGAUAUGGAGGUGGUGAAGGUAGUGGCGAGGGAUCAGGAGAUGGUGGUUCUGGUUCUGGUAGUGGUUAUGGAUAUGGUUAUGGUAAUGGAACUAGAUCUGGUGCAGGAGGAAGAGGUGGAGGAGAAGGUGAAGGCGAAGGCGAAGGGAAAGGUAAAGAUUAUGGAGGAGGUGGAAUACCGUGAGCACGAGCCAAUGCAUGGAGUACAAGCCAUGCAUGCAUAAUGUACUACUCAUGCAUGCAUGAAUCACGAUUCAUGCAUGCUUCUACUUCUUUUUGUUCUUGUCGCAAUUUUUCUUUUCUAUCUUGUAUUAUUUCCCCCUCUCUGUAAUAAAAAAUAAAAGUUAAGGAGAUUUAUUAAGAGUCGAGAUGUAGUGUACUUUAUUUCUCCAAUUGGCGAUAUAU